ACUUUAACGUUUACCCAGGUCAUUAUGAUAUCUAGCAUUCCAUCUUUCAUGUACAUUCGUAUAUUUCAGUUUAUACAUGAAAUACCUUAACCGGUCACACAGGUAUACGCGUGACAUAUAGCUGACCCGAUCAAAUGGGCAUUGGUCAAACAUAUAUUUAGAAAGAAGCUAAUAAUAACUAUGUCCUCAUGUCUAGACAGUCAAAGGUCACAUAGUUGUUAUAAAACCCAAAGCCCACGGUACUGUGGCGCGCACUGUUAGAUAGAUACUUGUAGAGUAUACACAUUAUUUUCCAGCCACCAAUUCUGCGUCAGGGUGUGCUGUAUUGAAAGACAUUUUGGGAUUAUAUUACUAUUAACUGUUUUAUCUAUUUUGACUUGUAUAUACGUUAAUACAGAGAGAGGCUCGCGUGUGAUUAUAUCUGCACAUUUUAGUUAACAAUUAAUACAUUAUAUAAAACUGACAGUGUGUUUGUUUAUUUUCCAUCUCUUCUCGUUUCACAUACAUAUGAGCUCUUGAUUACCCACCAAAGACACAACGCGAAGGAACAAUAUUCUAUACGAUCACAUAACACCAGCCGUAGGGUAACAAGACUCGUUUUGGUGCCGUGACCAGGAUUACGUAAUCAUUACAAGAACUGUGAUGGACACAAAAUUACGUAAUUAACAAACAGUUUCAUUAGUGUCAGUGAUUCGGGAGGAAUAUUGGACUAAUUACAGACCAUCUUCACGUCAUCAUUAUGAUUAUUCAGAUAUAUAUUGCACUUUUGCUUGCCAUAUUUCCCGAAGCCAAUACUAUCACGUUAAGAGAUAACGUGGUGUUUAUGAAAAGUAAUCAGGUUACUUUCACCCGUAGUGCAUGGAAAUUAGCACUCACUCUGGACUUAGAUCCCUAUGACCAAUUUAUCACUAACAUUUCUGAAGAUGCUGAUAAGAUCGAAAGAACUAUUAGGCAAACCAUAUUAAAAUAUGACGCUAUUAAGACAAAUCCGAACUUCGUGCUUACACUAAAAAGUUUAGAACAGGAACUGAGUCGACUUAAGUACACUUAUUUAAAAUUGCGCUCUAAAUUCAAUAACAACAAAUUCAUUAGGAAUAAGCGAUCAUUGCUUCCAUUUAUUGGCUCAUUAUUUCACGGAUUAUUUGGCGUGAGUACGGAUGAUCAAAUAAAUGCUGUUAGGCGAAAUGUUGCAAAACUGGCAGGAACUCAAGAAACAAUUCUGCAUGUACUCGAUGAAAGUUUAACAGUACUCAAUGUUACGAAACAAGGUGUGUCUGAAAAUCGUGAAACAAUUAAUCAAAUCCUUACAUCCAUGGAACAGUUACACACAGAUUUGUCUAAUUUCGAAGAAAAUAUUCACAAAGAAUUAGUUAAAUUCACAGAAUUUGUACAAACAUACCUUCAACUAUCAAACCUGAUUCAAAACUUCAAGGAACUAAUUUCACGUGGCCUUAGCUUGUAUGAACACCUUGAAAUACAGUUAGAUGCCGUUGCACUGUCUCAUCUCGCACCAGCAAUUAUUGAGCCAGUUUCUCUCGCAUCAAUACUAUCUGAAAUUCGAUCUAAUUUACCGCCAAUGUUACAACUACCGUAUGAUGAAAACACUCAACUGUGGUCUUAUUACCAAAAUAUGCUCUGUACUGGAAUGUUAGUGGCCAACAAAAUAAUUAUUAUUUUGCAUGUCCCUGUACUUGAACAGUAUGAGCGGUUUAACAUAUAUAAAGUGAUAAACAUGCCCAUCGCAAUACAAAGUAACAGCUCUCGAACACCAAACACACAAACACUACUUGCAAAAUACCAACUUGAGGGCACAGGAAUUGCAUUUAAUACAGAUAUGACACGAUAUGCCGUUCUGACUGACAGUGAACUGGCCAGCUGCUCAAAUAAGGCCCUAGGUUAUUGCGAGUAA